UGCAGAAACGCCGUAAUUCAUCAUGGACGCUCACACGCCUCCCGCUCUCUUCACACGCCGACUUCAGCCGAAAACCCUAAACCCUUAUACUCUAAAUUUAACGCUUUUUACAGGACAGGCGGUGCGGUCAGGGCCCGGUUUGAGUCCACUGAUCUCUUAAUCGUUUUCAUGWGGCUUCAUGUUCUUUCAGGGGUCCAGGAAACGGGACGUCCAGUUACCAUGGCAACUGCUUCCUGGUGGUUAGCUYGGCGUCUUUAUGCUGAYGAGGCCUCRGGGAUUUCUGGGAAAUCAAAUAUAUUUUUAUGCAUUUUGGCCUUUAAUUCACUUAAACUCUGCUUAAUAUCACUAAAAAUAAAUAUGAAUAAAAACGUYGACCAAAGAGAUUUGAGAAUUCUCCUUAUUUGUGUCUGCAAGAGGGAAAUGGAGACCAAAGGUUCAGAGGUCAGAGCACCAAACACCGUGACGACCGUUUGGCCCUGCAGUGGAGGAAAGAUGGCCGCCGACAGAGAGCUGCUGAUUUCUACGUUGGUUCAGCUUUACAAACCCAACUCUGAKACUUUGAGUCCCAAAUCAGAGGAAUAUGACUGUAUGAAUAAUAUGGCUUUUCUGCAGAGAAAGUGGGAGGAGAGGAGCAGGAUGGCAAACCUCCAGGCCGUUGAAGUUUGUCCCGUCCCAGCCGCAGACUCUGCCCCACUCCUCCUCUGGCUGCAGAGCGGGACGCUGCUGCCUCCACUCGGUCCGUCCGUCUGCAUCUUCAUCAGCUCAGCUCCGUCCCAGCAGGGCGCCGCAGGAUUUCACCAGGAGGAUAAUGACCACAGGUCCAUCCUGCUGCCGUUUCUCAUAACUCUGGUCUUCACGAACCGGUCCGGUCCGGUCCGGUGGAGCGGCUGUGCUUCGGCUCAGGGUGAGUCCUGCUGCAGAGCUUCAGCUGCAUGUGAACUCAGGAUGGUUGUGAUAAUUGCAGCUCUGAGACGUUUCUGGUUUAUAGCCCAUAAAGACGCGGCAGCGUUUAGCUCUGAAAGCUGUACUUUGGGUUGAGCGUCAGGCCAAGAGGUGAAGAGGAAGAAGUUCUGCUGCGGCGCUGAUCCGUAACGAGUAGCAGGAAAAACUCUGAGGAUGAUCAGGAACAAGUUUCAGC